AUUCUAUGUCCCUCCAAAACUCUCCCACCUUUCAUCCUCUCAAGAGCCAUAUCAGAGCAUAAGGAAAACACACACCAAAACCUCCUAUUGAAAAAACAGAGAGAGAGAGAGAGAGAGGAUGGAUUGCUGGUCUUCCUCCCCUGAUAUUGAUGAUGAAUAUGAGAAGUUGGUGAUUAGAAUGAACCCACCAAGGGUUACUAUUGAUAAUAAUUCUAGCAGGAAUGCCACCCUAGUGGAGGUUGGUAGUGCUAAUAAGCAUGGCAGCUUGUUAGAGGUUGUGCAGGUUUUGACUGAUCUGAACCUUACAAUUAGCAGGGCUUACAUCUCUUCAGAUGGUGAAUGGUUUAUGGAUGUAUUUCAUGUUAUAGACCAAGAUGGAAAUAAGAUUUGGGAUGACGAAGUGAUCAACCGCAUUCAACAGACAUUGGCAGCCAGAGCAUUUAGUGUCCGGCCUUUGAGAAGGUCUGUGGGUGUACAGGCUGCCACCGAGCAUACAACGAUCGAAUUGAUAGGAAGAGAUCGGCCAGGCUUGCUUUCUGAGAUUUUUGCCGUUCUCACAGACCACAAAUGCAAUGUUGUAGCUUCUGAGGUUUGGACACAUAAUUCAAGAAUGGCAUCGGUUGUUUACAUUACCGAUGAGGACACUAAGUUGCCGAUCAGUGAUCCCGAUCGGCUUGCUAAGAUCAAACAACUCCUUCGGUAUGUGCUUAAAGGGGACAAAGAUAAACGUGGGGCCAAGAUGGCUGUUUCUAUGGGUGGGACCCACACGGAGAGGAGAUUGCAUCAGAUGAUGUUUGCUGAUCGUGAUUAUGAAAGAAGUGAUGUGAAUGACCAGAAGAGUACAAGUGAUAGGAGCAAGCCUCUCGUGACCGUUGAGAAUUGUGGAGACAAAGGAUAUUCUGUUGUGAAUGUGAGAUGUAAGGACCGGCCGAAGCUGCUGUUUGACACUGUCUGCACUUUAACAGAUAUGCAGUAUGUUGUUUUCCAUGCGACUGUCAUUGCUGAAGGGCCAGAGGCAUAUCAGGAAUACUAUAUUAGACAUGUUGACGGGUGCCCCGUUAGUUCGGACGCUGAGAGACAGAGAAUUAUCCAUUGCUUGGAGGCUGCGAUUGAGAGAAGAACUUCUGAGGGUUUAAGGCUCGAACUAUGUAGCGAUGACCGGAUGGGCCUUCUAUCCGACGUGACGCGUAUCUUCAGGGAAAACGGGCUCUCGGUCACACGGGCAGAAGUCACCACCCGUGGGUCACAAGCUGUGAACGUGUUCUAUGUAACGGAUGCAGCAGGGAACCCAGUCAACAGUGGAACGAUUGAGGCGGUCCGGAGCGAGAUCGGCCAAACGAUACUCCACGUCAAAGAUGAUGCCUACUCGAAAUCUCCUCCACAAGAGGGUGGGAGAUUCUCCCUCGGUAAUCUCUUCAAGUCCCGAUCGGAGAAGUUCCUCUACAACUUGGGCUUGAUGAGAUCAUGUUCGUGAGGCGUGCAUUACAUGUGUCAUGUCGGCCCCACUUCCUGUUAUUGUAAAUCACUGUAAUCAGGUCCGAAUCAAUCGUCUUU